AUGCAACAAGUGGCUCCAGAAGUGCAAACUAUUUUUGAAGAAUUACUUAAACCAGUUUUAGAGAGAAUUGAAGUUUUAAAAGAAAAAGAUCAAUCAAAUGAGUUACAAAUCAAAAAUCUAUUUGACCAAAUGAGCGAAUUGAAAACUAUAAUAGGAAACCUAAAACCCAUUAAGGUGGAAGAAAAGAAAGUUGUCAAAUAAGAUCCUAAAAAGGAUAAUCAAUAAAAUAAUGGAUAAGAGGCAAAAAAGAUCGACCGACCAUCUACUGCUGCAGUUACAAAAAACUCUGUUCCUGUAAAAGGAAAGGAUCCAAAAGCUACAACAGCUCCAAAACCUUUAAGUCAGAGCACAAUUGUUGAAAAGACAACAGCACCUAUUGAUAUUGAAAAAAACUAACCAAAAUCUCCGAAAGAGGGAAAUCAAAAUAAAACAAAAUAAUAGUAGCAAACCUAAUAAUAGCCACCCUAACCUAAACCUAAAUCAAUUGUCCAACCAUAAUAAAAAUAAUUAUAACAUAUUAAAGAAACCAAAGAAACUAAAGAAACUAAAGAACAACCAAUCAAAUAGGCACCUUAAUAAAAAGAUGAAAAAAAGGUUGAAAAAUAACCACCUAAACCUAAAACUGCUUAGCCAACCACCUAACCAAUUUAAGUCGAAAAAAAGGAGGAUAAAAAAGACACUAAAAAGACAGAUACAAAAAAUACUUAAAAAAAUAACACUAAAUAACCUGAGCAGAAAGUAGCAGAAAAGAAAUCUGAUGAUAAAAAGAUUGUAAAGAAAGGGAAAUUACUUGAAGAAACUUAACUAAAAAAUGAACAAUAAACUGAUGAAUAAUUUUAACAAUAAUAACAAAAUGUACCUAAGACUUAGGAUAACAGUGAAUAGAAAUAAUAAGACGAUUAACUAUAAAAGUAAACAGUUGAAUAAGAAGAAAUUUAAGAGACUUAAACAGUAGUUCCUGCAAUUGAGAAUUUCGAAGUCGAAGAAUAAGCAGUAAAAUAAUUAUCAGAAGAUUAAGACUAAUUGACGUAGAACCAAUAAGCCUUAGAAGUCAAUGAAAAUUAACCAGAAAAACUUGAAAAUCAAUAAUAAGAAGUAGUUUGA